AUGGGAAAAGACAAAGAAAAGACAAAAGACAUAAUAACUGAAGUACCUAAACGUAAAGUAAAGUUAACGGUUGAAGAAGUUAUGAGGGUUUUAGAUUGUUUUGUUAAGAAAGAAGAUUUUAUAAGGUCUCUUCAAAUAUCAAAGAAAUUUAAAGACAUCCCAAAACGUUAUAGUUACAAUCCUAUUAGUAUUGACUCAACAACCAUUUCAUUGUUUCCUAAUUUAAAAGUCCAAAAGUUAUAUGCGUGGAAUGAUACACAAAUUCCUAAAAUGAAAAAGUACGAAGUAGAAUAUCCUGAAACAUAUUUUCAUUACUAUUUAAAAUACUUUGCAAUAAGAGAUAAAGUAAGUGCAAGAAAAAUCGUAUAUUCUUCAGAAGAUAGAGUUAAUUAUGAAUGUAUGAAAGGAGAAGGUAUUCUUCCUGAUGGAAUUACAAAAAUUGCAGAUAAAUGUUUUGAAGAAUGUAAUAAAAUUGUAAGUCUUAAUAUCCCAACAUCAGUUACAGCCAUUGGAAGAAAUGGAUUUGCUAAUUGUACUUCCUUAACUAGUUUGACAUUACCAGAAAACCUUAUGGUUAUAGGAGAUAAUUGUUUUCUUGCAUGCAAUAGCUUAACCUCAAUUAAACUAGGAACAACCAAUUGUUUUAAGGGAAAAGCUUCAUACGGUAUUUAUUUAUUCUUAGAAAAAAAUAAUAUUCAUUGUAAUGAUGUGUUUUAUUCUUCUGAAGACAGAAGAAAAUAUGGGAACAAGAUACCUGAGAUAUGCAAUUCUUUAGCUGAUAAAUGUUUUGCUUCUUGUUUAUCAUUAACCUCAAUUGAAGUUCCUAGCACAAUUCAACAUAUUGGCUCUCGUUGUUUUGAGGGUUGUAAAGGACUAAAACAAAUCUCUUUACCUCCAACAAUCAAUUGUUAUGAUCACGCUUUUAGUGGGUGCUCAUACAUAACUGCAUUAACAUUACCUGGUAAUUUCCCUAAGAUUGACAAAUCAAUAUUUGAAAACAUUCAAAUGAUUAAAUCAAUCGUAUUGACUGAUUGUACUCAGUUUGAUGGAUUAGUUUCAUAUUCAUUAGCUGUAAUUAUUGAAAGAGGAGGUAUUCCAUGUACUAAUGUGGCAUAUACAGAAGAAGAUCGAAAGGUAUUUGGUGAAAAUAUUCCAAAAGGAGUGAAAGAAGUUGGAGAUAAUUGUUUUUCAGGAGAUUUUCGUGCAAAAUCUAUUACAGUACCUAAAGGUGUAACAAAACUGGGACAAUCUUGUUUUAAGAAUUGUUGUUCAUUGACCAGUGUUUCGUUGCCAUCAAGUAUUAUCAGUAUUCCUGUAUCAUGCUUUUAUCAAUGUCCUGUAUUGAAAACAUUGAAAAUUAAGAAUAAGACUUUGACAUAUGAAAAAUAUUGUUUCUAUGGAUGCGAAAAACUAAAACUAAAAAGUAAAAACAUACCUUCAGAAUGUUUCUCAAAAGAACCACAACCAGACGAUAAAACCAAGAAAUAA